CAUUCAUCCAGUGUAACUAGUAAAACAGGCUUCAUGCUCUGUGGUACUCACAACGACUUGGACAGUAAAAGCAGUCACAAAUAGUGUUUUGGUAUAGUUUACCAUCUUGAACAUCAGGACCUUUUCAUGAGGCAUGAAGACAAACCAACAAUGAGGCACGAUCGCAUGUGUGGCAGUCGAUGUCUGGGUCCGAUGACUUUCAAUCUGGACAUGACAGGUCAAUAUGUGUCCCUUAGCCAAGGAAGGAGACUCGCAUCCAGAGACUCAUCCACCUUUUUGAAUGGUUUGGUGUUUCUUAGCCGCACUGUAAAGGUGGACGAAAAGCUGUGUGUAUGUAUUGAGGACUGCACUUCGUCAUGGGAUGGAGCUCUCCGUGUGGGUUUCACCAACAUCUGCCCACAAAGAAACAAUAUACCACCUGCCUCUAUACCAGACCUCAGGGACGCACAGGGAUACUGCGUUGUGCCGGUGCCAGAGGACUUGUGUAGGAGAGGUGUGGAGCUUCAGUUUUGGAUGAACUAUGCAGGCAUGGUUAUUAUUCAAGAGAAAGGUGGGGAGAAAUAUUACCUCAAAACAAAAGGACUGAACCUGAAUCAUCCACUGUGGGUUUUCAUUGAUUUGUACGGGAGCACAAGUGCCGUCCGCCUUCUGGGCUCAAGGAGGGGUAGUCGAACGUCAUGCCCGGUUUGUCCCGUUGACGGUGGCAUCGAUUGGUUGACGAGACAGUUUGAGAGACAAAUGUCAGAGGAAGAGCAAAGUGAUAACCAUAAAACAGACACCAGAAUGGUCCAGAAAACAUCAUCAAACUGGAAACCAAGUCUCUUCCUUGUACAGUUUGCCAACCAGACAACAAUCCCAAGCAUCAUAGAGCGUUCAGAUCUCACAAGAGCUGGUUUAGGCAUACCUGUCCAGAGGAGGAGUCAGGAGUCAAGAGGAGUAGAUCUUACCUGGACUUGGAGAGAGCUGAAUUGCUUCAUUUGCUCCAGAUAUCCAUUGGUCAAUCUGGAUUCGAUUGGUUUCCAUUUUGCAAAGGCUGAUAAACGUGGAAGACUUUGCAGAUUACAUGCAGACACUCUGAAGAAAAUAAAAAAGGAGCUUGGUGAUAGCGAACUUUAUAUAAUUCCUGGGACGGACAUUGUUUUAAAUGAGAUGACUGCGCACACACUAUCGUCAGUCGUGAAUCCAAAUGCUUUCUGCCCAUCACGCUCUCCUCCACCUGCUCCUGCACAACAGAGGGAGCGGCUGACUUCAACCAACAGUUAUCUUUCAGAUUCAAGCCGAAACUCUUCAAUGGAGGAGAUGGACGUUAGCUCUUUGCUCAGAGAGUUUCAGCACACGCAUCUCAGUGCCAAUGGGCAAGUUUCAGUAUUGGUUUCUCGUAAGAAGUUGCUGCAGAGUGCUAAAGAUGCGCUUUCCAACUGCAAUUUCUCUUGGACUAAAAUACCCCUCGUGACAUUUGUUGGUGAGCAAGCACUCGACUGUGGAGGUCCACGGAGAGAGUUUUUUAGAAUCCUGAUGAUGGAGGUGCAAAGCUCACUGGGGAUCUUUGAGGGACCGUCUGGACACUUGUUCUUCACCUAUGACCAGAUGUCUUUGGAGGAACACAAGUAUGAGUUGGCAGGGAAGCUGAUUGCGUGGUCUGUGGCUCAUGGCGGACCAGGACUCAAAGCUUUUGACCCUUGUCUGUACCAGCUGAUGUGCACCCAAGAAUGUCAACUGGUAGACUUUGACUGGCACCUGAUACCAGAUGAUGACAUUCAGGACAAACUGAAAAAGAUUUUGUCAUGUAAAACGACGAAAGACCUCCAUAGGCUUCAGAGAGAGCAUGGCGACUGGAUCUGUGACUGUGGAUUCCCUGGAAUAUACAGACCUGAAAUUUCCAUCCAAGAUGUACCAAAGAUUUACUCCUAUGCAGUUCGACAUUACAUAUAUCUUAGAACAUCAAAUAUGAUUCACCAGUUCACAAAGGGACUGAAUGCUUAUGGACAGUUCUGGGACAUGGUAAGAACUCACUGGGUUGAGUUUCUGCCCAUCUUUACCAACAUGCAUGAGCCCAUUUCCAGAAGCACAUUCACAGCCCUGUUCCAAAUCCACUGGAGUAAAGCAGGGACCAAGAAGAGGGCGGCUGAAGAGGAGACUUUACAUUACUGGGAACUGGUGCUUCAGAUGAUUGAGAAUAAAAAAGCUCCACAAAAUGAGUUGCAUUUUGAGGAGAUUUUGGCCUUCAUAACUGGAGCGGAUGAAGUCCCACCGCUUGGGUUCUCCCAGAAGCCCAGCAUUCACUUCUACCAGCCAGAGGAGCGUGGAUGCCGUCUGCCAUAUGCUAACACAUGCAUGAUGCGAUUGUUCCUGCCCAGGGUGGUAAAAGAUAAAGUGGAACUUUACAGAAUGCUUCUGAGAGCAAUCCGAGACUCAGCUGAAUUUGGGAGGACAUAAA